AUGUCAAUUCGCUCCCUUUACAAAUCAUCCCGUGCACCUCACAAUUCCCACCACCCACCCCCAGUGACCUCAUUCGCAUCCACGGGCGCGCAUCGCGUCUGGCACCCCCAGACAUCCAUAUCGCGACAGUACCUAACUGCGGCCCACGGCAUCUUCCGCCCGGGCCACCUGAACCCGACCAAACCGGGCCCCCUCCAUCUGCUCCAAAAUCCUCGGGGGCCUACCCCUGUCCUCGAAGAAAGGUCCCGUACCUUACGCAGUAAAGCCUGGGGUUGGGGGGCGCCACCAUUGCUGCACAUCUCCUUCCGUCAGUGGGCUGAACUCCAUUUCGCGUUCCCGCACCAGGACCAAAAAAAAAAAGCUCUCCCUCGCUCACCCCGAUCCAGUCGCUUGGGAGCUCCGGCCAGCUGGACACCUCACCCUCGUCCGUGA